AUGAUAAAUACUCGUGUUCUCGUGAGAAUUUUGCUGGUUCAACGUCUUCGGAAAAAACUGGCGAGAAAGAAGAGAUCUUGUUAUGUGCGUCAACUUUUCAUGACGAGGAAUUGUAAUGGAGAAUUGCAACUAGUCAAAGAUUUACGAGAUGACCCACUCUAUCACUUUCGAUACUUCAGAAUGACGAAAGAUAAUUUCGAUUUUCUUUUGGGAUCAAUUAAGAAGGACAUAGCACACAAGGGUACCCACGCUAGGCCAAUAUCUCCACUCGAACGUCUCGCAAUAACGUACCUUGCCUCCGGAAAUUCGCAAGUAUCACUCGCCAUGAGCUAUAGAGUCUCCCCCUCGUCGGUCUGCCUUAUCAUACGAGAAACCCUUACUGCCAUUAUAAAAACCUUACAAAGCACAUAUUUACCGCAACCAACUCAAGAAACCUGGACGGCUAGCGAAGCUCGGUACCGCUUAUUGUGGAACUUUCCGCACGCGGUGGGCGCCAUCGACGGGAAGCAUAUUCGUGUGAAAUUGCCCCCAGCUUCCGGAUCACUGUACUACAACUACAAAGGUUUCUACUCCAUUGCCUUGUUGGCAAUUGCAAACGCAGAUUUUCAGUUCCAAGCCGUUGACAUCGGGGCGUUUGGCUCAGAAUCAGAUGGUGGAAUCUAG